CCCGGUGCAACAAAUGGGGACGUAAACAAAAUUGUGAAUUGUUUACAUUAUUUCUGCAUUAUUUAUUGGUUAUUGCUUUGUAGUUUGUACCUAAAACCAUGUACUAUAGGUGAACGGUUAUUCCACAUAGAGAUCAGCACGUCACUGUAACGUGAUUUCUUCGUUUGAAAAUGAUUUACCAUAUUCCCUGGAUCUACACACCGGUGCGGACUGUCUUGGCAUUCUGGCACCAGCUAACCAAAACUGAGAUCCCAGAGCUUGCCAAGUGUUCUGUGCUGAUGAAGGAACGCUGCAGAGUGGAAGAGACCAUCUAUGCCAUGCGGCGAGCCGGUGCAGGCAGCCUGCAGGUUAUCUCAGACUUUGACAUGACGCUCACCAGAUUCGCUUACAAUGGCAAGAGAGUCUCCACCACUCACAACAUCCUUGAUAACCGGUUGUUAAUUAAUGAAGAAUGCACUAAAAAGAUGAGAGAGCUGUUAAACACCUAUUAUCCUAUAGAAAUUGAUGCAAGCCGCACUUCUGAGGAGAAGCUGCCUCUCAUGGUGGAGUGGUGGACUAAAGUCCAUGGGCUCCUGAUUCAGCAGAAGAUCAGAAAAGACAUGCUGGCCCAGGCUGUGAAGGAAUCCAGCACCAUGCUCAGGGACGGCUACAAAGUGUUUUUUGACCGACUUGCCGAGCACCAGGUCCCUCUGUUAAUCUUCUCUGCUGGUGUUGGGGAUGUGCUGGAGGAGGUGAUCCGACAGAACCAUGUCUUCCAUCCCAAUAUCCACAUCAUCUCCAACUACAUGGACUUCGACCACACUGGGGUCCUGCAAGCCUUCAAAGGCCAGCUGAUACACACCUACAACAAGCGGGAAGGUGCUCUGUCACAUGCAGCUGGCCUCAGAGAGCUGCAGGGUCGGCCCAACGUUCUUCUACUGGGAGACUCUUUGGGAGACCUGACCAUGGCUGACGGGGUAUCAGAGCCCCAGAACAUCCUGACUGUUGGCUUCCUCAAUGACCAGGUGGAAGAGAGAAAAGAGUCGUACAUCAACUCUUUUGACAUUGUGCUGGUGGAGGACGAAACAAUGGACAUUCCAAACGCCAUCCUCAGGUACAUUUCCUCAUCUAGAGACAAGAAGUAAGACACACAGCAAGUAAGUUGAAACUUAAAUGACACAGGAGACCCAGAGUUGCAUGCUGGACAAUCUCACGUUGCAAGUGACCGUAUACUCUUUCCUCUUAAGUCUUUUCACCUCAGCACUCUUUGGUCUGGAUGGUAUUUGCUGUGAGACAAAGCCAUCUUUUCAACGUCCCAGGGUUCCAAAGGAAGCGUAGCAGCUUGAGCUUUGAGUAAAACAAUAGUUUGCAGAGGUGCACCAGCCUGACAUUGCACUACCUUGACAUGACCAUAAAAGAAAGGAUGUCUGUCAUGUUCAUCCAUUUUUAUUUGUCUGUCCUUUUUCACUCCUUAAAGAAGAAAAAAACGGUACUUCUUCUGGAUUAGGCUGGCUGCUCUAUCAGUUGUGAAACUUUUGGAGUCUGCUUAUGUUCAGAGAAAGAUGUAAAAGCCAUUUUGUAAAUGUCUGCCUGCCAAGGCUUGGACUUCAUAGAACUGACACAGCCCUGCUGUUUUUUGUGAGUACUAUAUAAAUACCUCUUUGAACACUGCAAGUACUCGAUCUUCACAUUUUAACACACUGCAUGUAUGAAUCUUUGGUUUGUUCACAGGGUGCAGCGAAGUUUAGCUUUUAUUUAAUUAUUUUCAGUCUGUAACAACUCAAAUGGUAAUUAUCAGGUCAAAGCGCUGCAACACAACAGUGCAUUUUUUCUUUCCAGUGAGCACAGCGAAUACACAGAAUGACUUCAAAGUGAGCAGGUCGUCCUUUGCUUCAGGUGUUGUGAAACUUGUGAAGUAUGAGUGGUCCUUAUAACUAGUGUUAAAGUUCAAACUCCUUUAUUGCUGUUAAUAAAUUUUUAAACUCGUAGAUUCUAAAAACAUUCGAAAGUAGUUAAGAAACAGUAUUUUAAUUCUUUAUUUUAUAAAUAUUUAUAAGUAUGCAAUCAAGUUGGUGCAACUUUUGUCUUGAGAUUGUUUGAAUUUUCGGUGCUUUUUAAAAAAUUAGUAAACUUUUUUUUUCCCCUCUUUUAUGAAAAGAUGCUCAAUGUGUUUUCUCACGUCCUUCAUAAUGUAUAUAUGUUAUAGUGCUAAAUUAAAUUAUUAAAGAGAAAUGUUGAAGUAAUGUAGCCUGGUGAAAAACUAAGUUAGCAGUCUCUAAAGAGAUGAUGGAUGUUAUUUGGUUCAUAUGAAACCAGAGAAGGCAGAAGGCAAAAAAACUGGAACAACUGUUGUUUUCUUACAAACAUUUUAAUUAACGUGACUUUCAGGGACAAAAAAGGUGCUUGUUGAUAGCUGUAUUUUCAGAAAACCAAACUCAAAAAACUCCACAAAACGAUCCUUUGUACCGUUUUGUCAAUAGAUUGUCCAAUGUGAUGUGGAAAAUAUUAAACCAUGAUGAUGAAUGAAA